AUGAAAGAUCUUUAUGGUUGUAUCAAAAUCGUAUCACUGGAUUAUGAAGUUAAUGUGAAAUGGACAGAGAAAAUGCAGACAGUGCGCAAAAUAAAGAUUGUAAACUUGAGGAGAGAAGUGCUCAAAGUGUCCCUUUGGGGUGAUCCUGCAAAGAAUUUUGAUUGCAAAGCUAUUCAGGAAAUGCCACAAUCAGUAUUUGCUGUAAUCACUAGCUUGAGAAUAACAAUGUAUAAGAAUGAGCUGAUUGCAUCAGGUGGUGAUCAUACAUGCAUCAUUUUGAAUCCCGACAUUGAUGAGAAAGAAGAAUACAAAGCAAAGUUCUCUGAAGUCGAAGAUAAAAUGGAGAUAGUCAAACCAAAUGUAUCAGAGAAACCGAACGAAAACAACACCAAAACAGUGUCUCAACUAUAUGAAUUAAAUCCAAAGUCUUGCAAGGAUGAUGCAAUCUAUUGCAAAGCGUCAAUUGUUGGAUUUCUAAUUCAAAAUGGUUGGUGGUACAAAGGUUGUACAUUGCCAAACUGUUUCAAAAUUCUCAAGAAAAAUGACAAUAAUGAAUUGGCUUGCAUUGAGCAUGACACUGACACUGGAGAUAAAUAUCUACCUUGUUACCGAGUAUCCAUGAUGAUUGAUGAUGGUAGUGAUGAAACAACUAUUACAUUAAUGGGGAAGCAAGCAGAACAACUCUUUGGUUGCAACUGUGAAGAAUUGGUGAACAAAUUAUCACUGAGGCACAACAAACUUUACCAAAAGCAAUUGAGGACACCAUUGGUCAAGAACAUGUAUUUGAAAUAA